AUGAUUUCUCCAUUCAAUUAUUUCACCGAUGCAUCGAAAACGUUCAAUACCAAAGCAGAUAUUGUUCUAGUCGUUGAGAAAGAACGAUUCUAUUGUCAUCGACUAUUACUGUCAUUAGUUUCACCAGUAUUUACUCGCAUGUUCGAUGGAGAAUUUCAAGAACAUCAUGCUCAAGAAAUUGUUUUACAAGGCAAAACAAGCGAAAGUAUAUUGGCUUUGCUAAAAUAUAUUUAUCCGCAAUUUCAUACAGAUAUUACGGAUGAGAAUCUCGAAAAUUUUCUUGUAUUAGCUGAUGAAUAUAUGAUUGAACAUCUGAAGCGACCGUGUAAAGAGAUUUUGUUGCAACAACUUGAGAAUUACAAAUUCGUUUUAUUACCAAUGGAAGAAAAGCUUGAACAAAAAUCACUAAAAUCGAAGCAAUUUCAUCCGAACGAUUCACUUCAAUGUCCGGAUGAGGAACCGAAUCAGACAAUUCAUCGAUCGACAUCGAGUAUUCGUCGUACUUUCACGAAAUCUACUUCAAGCUAUUUAAAAUCAUCAGAAAAAACGAAUCAUUCAUCGAAUUCACACUCACGUUACAUUCUCUUUCUCGAUCAAACUCGUCUACCUUAUUUCUACGAUGAACAUGAUAAACGUGUGCCAUUUACUACAACAAACCUUGAGUUAUGGUUACGUCGUUUACGUAUACUUUAUCAAAUCGAAAAAGGUCAAGAUUACGGUGAAGUUAUCGAUCGCAUUUUAAAUCCAUUUGGUCUAUGUUUUAUUAAACUGUAUUCACCAUCGACAUUGGCCGAUGAAACGAAUCAAACAGAUUUAUUAAAUCGAUCGUCUGCGAUGAUCAAUGGAGAUGUCGAUGCGGAUGACGACGAAACAAGUAAAGAACAGAGUAAAAUCGGAUCAUUUUUUGCUAAAAAACAAGCGGAGAAGAAGUUGCAACUAUCGGAGCCAACCGCUAGUGAUCAAAUACGAGCUUUAUCUAAUGUUGCUGAUGAAUUAUUGAGUAAGAAGCCGAUGGAUGAUAAUGAAAUUCAAAAAUUAUUAAAGAAAGAUGUUAAAAGUACACCAAAUCGACCAUCAAAGCGUCCGAUCACAGCUGAUGAUUUGCAAUCGCCAGCUACUGAAAACGAAGCAAAACGAAGCAAAACUGAAAAUCAAUCUGAAUUGAUGAAAAAAGUCGUUUUUGUUCUAAGCGGUUUCCAGAAUCCACUGCGAACAGAAUUACGAACAAAAGCAACCAAAAUGGGCGCGACAUACAAUGACGACUGGGAUGACACAUGUACACAUCUGAUUUGUGCAUUUCCGAACACACCAAAAUUUACACAAGUUAAACAAAGUGAAAAAGGAUUUGUCGUCAACAAGCAGUGGAUACUCGAUUGUUAUAAGCAGAAUCAGUUAUUACCGGAGAGAAAUUAUGAAUUGAACGGAACAAAGAAGGACAAACCAAAUCAAACAGCAGGGAACAGGCCGAAGAAACCAAUGUCCUUUGAUGAUAGCGAUGACGAAAACAACGAAAAGUCAAUGAAGUCCAAAGACGUAAUCAAAAAGACAUCCACACAGAUUAAAGUUCAAACAUUCGAUGACGUCGACGAUGAUGAACUGAUAGAAGCUACAAAUACCAGAAAACCGACACAGACUAAAAAGAAAGCGCCUACUUUCGAUGAUAGUGACGAUGAUGAGGACGAACCGAUAAUUUCAAAAAAUGUCACGAAAAAGGUUUCGACAUUGGAAAAUGAGGCUGACGAAAGUGUUUAUGACGCUGAGACCGAUGAAGAUGAACCACAAGCGACAAAGCCCCCAUCGGAAUUAGCAGAUUUCUUUCAUGGAAAACACUUCUAUGUCGACAAGAAUGAAUUUGAUGACAAUACUUAUCGCGACAUUCGUCGAGUUAUCUAUGCUUACGAUGGUUUAUUAGAAAAACAGAUCACAUCAGAAGUUAAAUAUAUGAUAACUAAUCGAUUGUGGAACGAUCAUUUCGACAAGAUAUCGAAAACAAAUCCCGAGAUGAAGUUUCUCUCACUUGAUUGGUUGCAAGAUUGUCAUGAUGAAAAUAAAUUUGUUCCGUGUCCACCAUACUUAAUAUUACCAGAUAACAAAUAA